GGAUUCCGUUAAAAAAAAAAAAAGAAUGUUGUUUGGAUUCCCUGCGCCUCGCUGUGGCGUCUUCACCGUUCCAACUUUGGGAGGAGACAGAAAACUUGGCUCCUAGUAAAUGAGUUUUCUUGUGAAGCAAGGAGGCUCGAGUCGCUCCCUUUUAAAUCCCUGCUGCUUGGAUUGAUCCAAAGAGUUGGCCGUGAUCUUUCCUCCCGGGAGUGGGUUAACUCCAUCAAGCCGGAGAGCCAUGGAUCCAUGGUUGCUUCCACAGAGGUGGUAGCGUCUUCCUUGCUCCCGUUUUGCCCCGCAGAACAAGGCACUGGUGGUUAUAAGUCGACCCAAGAAACCAUCCGAUCCUCUUCUUCUAUGCCUCCGUGCGUCGCCGGCUGCCAUGUCGCUGCUGUCGAGGCUGCGGCUGGUGACCGUGGACGUGACGGGGACGCUAAUCGCCUACAGAGGGCAGCUCGGCGACUACUACUGCACGGCGGCCAGGUCCGCCGGGCUGCCGUGCCCCGGCUACGCGCGCAUGCACCAGGCCUUCAAGGCCGCCUACGCCGACAUGGCGGCCAAGCACCCCUGCUUCGGCCACGCCUCCGGGAUGCCCGACCAUCGCUGGUGGAGGACGUGCGUCAGGGACUCCUUCCUCAGGGUAAGGUGAAGGCAGGACACGAGUACGACGAUGCCACAUUUGAGCGGAUCUUCGGGCAAAUCUACGCCGCCUUCGGCUCCCCCGCCCCGUACUCGGUGUUCCCCGACGCGCGGCCCUUCCUCCGGUGGCUGCGCGGCGAGGGGAUCAUGGCCGGGGUCGUCACCAACGCGGACUGCCGCUACAGGGACGUCGUGCUGCCCGCGCUGGGGCUGAACCAGGGGUCCGAGUGGGACUUCGGGGUGUUCUCGGGCGUCGCCGGCGUCGAGAAGCCCGACCGGAGGAUCUACGAGAUGGCGCUGGAGGCGGCGGGGGGCGUGGCGCCGGAGGAGGCGCUGCACAUCGGCGACAGCAUGAGCAAGGACUACGCGCCGGCCCGGGCCGUCGGGAUGCACGCGCUGCUGCUGGACAGGUUCGGGACCGCCGACGCCGAGAGGUGGCGGCGGUCCGGCGCGGUGGUGCUCCCUGACCUCGUCUCUGCCCGGGAGUGGCUCACCCGGGACCCCCCUGCCGCGCAUGGAGGAACCAACAACGCCUGGGCGGAGUAGUGAUUAUUCUGAAAAAAAUAGGGUGCAUAGUUGGGGCACGAGUGACCAUUGCUGCAAGUGUAUGAAAUCCAGGGGACACAAGAACUGUCUCUUGGAUAUGAUACAGCAUUCGUUGAUGAGAUUACCAACUGUUGUGAUGUAAGCAAGAGCGCAAGUUAAGCAACUUAUUCACAA